GUCCAUGGCGUCCCCGGAGCCGCCGCUCCUGCGGGAGGCGCGAAGCGCAGGGCGCAUGCCCCGGGCGGUUUAUUAUCUUCUUUCUGUUCAAGUGCCAUUUCGUUGCAUGCAGUGCAGUCUAUAAAACAGAAUGCGUUCCCCGCGGGUCUCGAGUUUCCUAUCACUUAUCGUCAUUCGUAGCGUAUAAACAUAACAGCACGCGGUCAUUAACUCGAUUCAUAUUGUGUUUACGUAUCCGUUCUGACACAUGGGAGCGCGGCCGGAGCAAGGCUGAAAUCGCGUCCGUUUUCACUGUUCACGGACGAUCGUAAAAGACGGGCCCGGAUAUCCGUUCGUGGCGUCCCCCAGGCGUCGUCUAGAAUUUACCUGACGGGAUCUCACAGACGAGCGGCCGCGCAAAAAUGUCAUCCAGCUACGCGGACGGGUUAUCGCCAUACGAAAACAAAGGAGUAUUGGGUCUGGAGGAGAGAUACGACAGCGUCGAGACUCUUCGGCUGAAAUGUGGCCUCCUGGCUGACUGGAUACAAGGAGCUCGUCACGUAGUGAUCCACACAGGAGCCGGCAUCAGCACCGCCGCGGGUAUCCCGGAUUUUCGGGGUACAAAUGGUGUUUGGACAUUGGAACAAAAAGGAUUAAAACCUUCGAUGAACAUUUCCUUUGAUGACGCAAUUCCUACAAAGACACAUAUGGCAUUGAAAAAAUUGAUAGAGGCUAAAAAAAUCAAAUUUAUCAUAAGCCAGAAUAUAGAUGGAUUACAUCUACGAUCAGGAAUACCAAGGCAAUAUCUAGCAGAACUACAUGGAAAUAUGUUUACAGAACAAUGUGAUAAAUGUGGCAGGCAAUUUAUUCGGAAUUUUGCAACCAAAAGUGUGGGAAAAAAGUCUUUGGAUACUGUAUGCAGAUCGGAACAGAUAGGCGGUCGUCCAUGUCGUGGUCGAAUGCAUGAUACUAUUCUCGAUUGGGAGCAUAAUUUACCAGACAGUGAUUUGACAUUAUCCGACUUACAUUCCAGCGUUGCUGAUCUAAGUAUAUGCUUGGGAACAACGUUACAAAUUAUUCCAAGUGGUAAUUUGCCUUUAUAUACAAAAAAAUAUGGAGGUCGUCUCGUUAUAUGCAAUUUGCAGCCAACAAAACAUGAUAAGAAGGCUGAUUUAAUUAUUAACGGCAAUGUCGAUGAAAUAAUGGUCGCAGUCAUGAAAAAAUUGGGAUUGGAAAUUCCGGAACACGAAAGCAGUAUGGAUCUAACACGAAAUUCAGAUUCAACAGCUAAAGAAAUGGACUGGACAAUCCCAACCAGCAGAAUAAAAGAGAUGAAUAUGCUGUACAAAAAGGUAUGCAAACCGAUGCGAAGGAAACGGAAAACAUUUAUGUACGAGAGAGAGAGAACAGAUACUAAAACUGAAACUAAAGCCAGAAAGCAAGCGUUUACAGUUAAGCAAGAAAUCAAAUCAGAAGAUAAAAUAACUACAUCAAAUGUAGUAUGUAAUACUGAGAAUGAUCUCGUGGUUAAAGAUCCUGUUAAGGCAGAAGAGAGCGUAGAAGAUGUUGAAACAUAUAGAUAUUCGAUGGAAGACCCAACGGAGCACAACACUGUUCUGGAAAUGAAUCAAACGGUGUAGCAAGUUUUAAUGAAGCAUGGUUUUAAUGGAUAAUUUUCCAUUCUAAUGUUUCGAUUAUUCUCAGUGUAUGCUGCAGUUACUUAUGAGUGCAUAUCGAAUCAUAUUUAUUAUAUGUGAGAAAUAUCCAAAAGUGGAAUAAGUUUGCUGACCGUCAAUAGACAGAUUUGUUGCAUAUUUAAAGUUAAAUUUAGUGUUUAAUAUAGUAUUCUCUCUCCUUUCUCGAUUUCUUUAAGUUUUCUUAUUUGGAUAUACAAAAAAAAUCUAUGUAGAACAAUAUAUAAAACAAAAUUGUAUCUUCAUUACUUUUGUUUUUUACACAUUUAAAGUGUCUUUUCAUAUGCAGCAUGCUGCAGCAAAUCAGUCACGUGAUCAAAAUUUAUUAGAGCAUAUUUCUUUGUUCUCUUAUUAUUUCAAAGUU